ACUGAUGCAUUGGUAUAGAACAGAGUGUAAGUUAGUCGUGUAUGAUCAACGAUAAACAAAACGAGUGUGAUAUCACUAGACUAUAGUUGUUUCCAAGUAAGCUUUCACUAGAGUGUAAUAAAAACAGCUGUGUUCGACAGUAUUACCACUCGUUUGUUGCAUAUACAAGAAAUAAUUAACUAUCAACACACCAUGGCAACAUCAGAGCCUUCAAUUUCAUCUACAGAUCCUGUCGUUCUUGCAAAUCAUUAUCGAACGAUCAUUGAAGAGAACAAGGUAUUCGGUAGUAAAAUUAUUAACAAAAUUGUGGCAUCUACACCAGACUUACACGGUGAACAUGCAUGUAGCAGUUGUGACUAUCUCACCAUACAACUGCAAGAUGAGACGGGGACUGAAUCAAUGCUUCAAGUGUUUGUUAAGAGACAAAUACUCAAUGCAUCGCAAAUGGAAAUGGUUGUGGACAUGCAGUUCUUUCAGAAAGAAGCCGGCCUCUUUAACGAAGUUGUACCAAUGUUGAACAACUUUAUUGCAACUAAAGUUUCGGGGGAUUUGUUCAAAUUGGACAUGAUACCCACCAGUUACUUCGCAAACGAGGAAGUUAUCAUGAUGGAAAACCUGGUGACAAAAGGAUUUACAUCAAUUCCAAAAAUUGAAAAGGUUGACCUUGAACGAACAAUAAUUGUGCUCGGAACACUGGCUAAAUUUCAUGCACCCUCCUACCUGCUACUUAAAGAAGAAACUCAAAGCGGCAAAACUGGAUCAAUUGAAAGUUUCCUGGACAAGCAUCCAUGUCUCAAAGAUUGUUUUCUGUUUGAUACUGCGGCAAAGCAUUUGCAGGGCUGGUUUGGCGUUACUUUUGAAACAGCUGGCCUGGUUUUGGAGUCAUUCGAGUCUACAAAUAAAGAUUCUACGCUCCAAUUGCUGGACAAGGUUAGGACUAAUGUGCUGGAGACAUUCCAGAAAAACUUGACGGUUGAAGAUGGUCAUUUAUGCUUCGUUAUCAACCAUGGAGACUUUUUGAAUAACAACAUGAUGUUUCUCGUGGAACAAAAUUCGCGAAAAGUAAUGGACCACGUCUUGAUUGACUUUCAGCGCGUUCAUCUUGGCUCCCCAAAUUUGGAUAUUGCCUAUUUCCUGUUCACAAGUGUUAAGUCUGAUGUACGCCGUCAAAAAUGGAAGGAUCUUCUAAAAAUCUACUACGGUACAUUCCAAAAGCAUGUCAAAACGCUAGGAGGUACGGUGGAUUUUUCGUUCGAGGAAUUGGUGGCAGAUUUUCGACGAAAAUUCUUCUCCGGAUUUGUCUUCGGUGUCCUACUAUGUUGUAUGGCUGGUAUGAUUGCUGCGCAAGGUGAUUUGGAUAAGGCUGAAGAAAAUGCGGUUGACUGGCUCAGGAAGUCAAUAUCCAGUUGGGUACGCGAUAAUCCACAAAAGGUGGAAGAAAUCGGCCAAGAACUUUGCGGAUUAUUGCAAGAAUACAAAAACUUGACCACAGACCAUUAGUAAUGUUAAGGGUCACCACAAGUAUUAUAAAAUCUUAUUAAAGGCUUAUUCGAAACCCAUUGAGUGAUAUUGCUAUAUUGUGAACCGAUAGUCCGUAGUAAAUAGUUGGUCGAAGGAAA